UUUAAAUUAGUGCGCCAGCAGUCAAUACGGAAACUCUGUAGGUCAUGUAUCGUUUACAGUUCUAUUUAAUAUAUUUUUCCUUCAUUCUACUCGGUUCUAUUGAGUGUUUGCAAAAGGCCAAGGAUAAUGGUAGUAUAUAUAUUACCAAUGAGGAGUCAUUUCUUAAGGAUAUUAAACAAAGUACUGAUGCCGCUUUAUUAAGUUCUACCACCACUAAUAUGCCGGAAAAUCCUAAUUUUAUUAAUUUUGAUGAGCUGAUUUCAUUGUGUAAUUCUAGUUUUUAUAUACCAAUGCAAUAUUAUGUGCAAUUUAAUACAACGGGUCAAUUGCCCGAUUUGGUGGAUAAAACAGGCAUGUGUUUCGUACGUUGUGUAUAUGAAAAAUCUGGCUUAAUUGAUAACUGGAAAUUAAAUGCUGAAAAAAUACGAGCAAAUAUUUGGCCGGCCACGGGUGACAGCAUAGAAGUUUGUGAGAAAGAGGGAGCUAAAGAGAAAAAUGCCUGCGUGCGAACAUAUGCCAUUGCCAAGUGCUUGACAUUGCGAGCACUGGUUGAUGCAAGAAAUAAACCUAUGUGAGCAAAAAAAAAAAAAACAGUUUUGUUAAAUUCAAGGCGAACAAGUGGAACGGAAAUAAUUUUAGAUUUUAAUAAAAUUCUUACUUUUAAUCAUAUAUUUACAACUCUUGUAUUAAGACCUCAAAUGUAAUGAAAUUAAUUUAAAAUUAUUAAUAAAACUGAAUUAA